GGCACUUGCCAUAGCUGCCAUACCCUAGAUAAGCCACUGCCUGAAGGUGACUAUGAAAGACUCCCUUAGCCUGGCCCUGUGUCAUCUAGUUCCAGUAGCUGAUGACAUUAGUAUUUACAGAUUGAGUGUUUUUGUAGAACUGCAAUAGUGAGAAAAUAAGAAGAGCAAUAGGUGGUUUAGUCAAGACAUGAGUUUGGUCCAUUUUAAGAGUUUAGUCUGUUAAAAAUGUAUAUUCAUUGGUUUUAAAAGAGAUGCUAGAGGGUUGAUUCACACAAAAACGUCUUGCUCUCUUUUUUUGCUCCUGACUUCCAAGGUUGGGCACAUCUGUCACUCUCAUGUUGCAGGAGGAAGGGAAGACAGGGUUCAAGUUCCUUCUCCAAGUUAUAAUUCAUUUUACCUUAUGGAGCAGGAGGAAUAUGAACAUUUCUACCAUUUUAACAGGAGUAGGGUGUUGGAGGUCAAGCCGGGAAAUCUGGUGGGAGGAAAAAAAAAUUGGGGGGAUUAAGAACGUAAUUGAACAAACCAACUUUUAUCCAUUACCAAACUAUAUGCAUUAUGUGGACUUGCCCUUUAAGCUCUGAAAUUAUGCAUGGGAUUCUCCUUCACUCACAUGGGUCCGGCACAAGCAAAUGAUUAAGCUACACGUCAUGUGAAGCACAUAUAUGCCAUCACCUUUACUGCUGUCAAAACUGAGCUCUGCGUAUAUAUAAGGUUUAUAUAACAACCACAUGUCUUCAUAAACUCAGUAAAAGCUGAAUUUGUAGCUGUGAAAUUGCUGUUAUAGCAAUUCUGUUUAUGUUUGUUGUAAUGUUUUUUUGCUGUAGUUUUUGUCUACUGAUUACAUCAGUAUACUAUCAGUAUUUUUGGUAAGGUCUGUACAUGGCCAGGAAUUUGUGUUAUAGUCGGUUACUGCUAAAUCUGUAUAAUCUAAAACUGCUCCAGGAAAACUGAAAAACUCUAGUAUUAUGUGUAUGUAUGGGGUAUCCAGUUCCAUGAAAAAGUGUUAUUUGGUAUUGGUAAAUGUUUUCUCUCCCCUCAAGUAUAGUAGGUAGAGGUUGUGGUUGAAAUUAUAGCCAACUAAGUAUACUUGGUGCUCUGAUCAUCUCCAAUGACUAACUUCACCAAAGGCUGUGGUUAAUCCGGUGGAGGGAGGGAUGGUUGUGGUCGAAAUUUAAACCAGCUAAGAAUACUCGGUGCUCUUAUCAGCUCCAGUAACUGACUUCACCAAAGGCCAUGGGUAAUCCUGUGGUGGGAGGGAUAGUUGUGGUCGAAAUUAUACCCACCUAAGAAUACUUGGUGUUCUGAUCAGUUCCAAUGACUGGCUCCACCAAAGGCUAUGGUUAAUCCUGUGGUGGAAAGGAAGGUUGUGAUUGAAAUUAUGUUCAGCUAAGUAUACUUGGUGCUCUGACCAGCUCCAAUGACUAAACCUACCAAAGGCUAUGGUUAAUCCGGUGGAGUGAGAGACGGUUGUGGUUGAAUUUAAAACCAGCUUAGAAUACUUGGUGCUCUUAUCAGCUCCAAUGACUGACUUCACCAAAGGCCAUGGAAAAUCCUGUGGUGGGAGCCGGGAUAGUUGUGGUCGAAAUGAUACCCACCUAAGAAUACUUGGUGUUCUGAUCAGUUCCAAUGACUGACUCCACCAAAGGCUAUGGUUAAUCCUGUGGUGGAAAGGAAGUUUGUGAUUGAAAUUAUGUUCAGCUAAGUAUACUUGGUGCUCUGACCAGCUCCAAUGACUGGCUCCACCAAAGGCUAUGGUUAAUCCUGUGGUGGAAAGGAAGGUUGUGAUUGAAAUUAUGUUCAGCUAAGUAUACUUGGUGCUCUGACCAGCUCCAAUGACUGAACCUACCAAAGGCUAUGGUUAAUCCGGUGGAGGGAGGGGUGGUUGUGGUCGAAUUUAAAGCCAGCUAAGAAUACUUGGUCCUCUUAUCAGCUCCAAUGACUGACUUCACCAAAGGCCAUGGGUAAUUCUGUGGUUAGAGCCGGGAUAGUUGUGGUCGAAAUUAUACCCACCUAAGAAUACUUGGUGUUCUGAUCAGCUCCAAUGACUGACUCCACCAAAGGCUAUGGUUAAUCCUGUGGUGGGAAGGAAGGUUAGGAUUGAAAUUAUGCCCAGCUACGUAUACUUGGUGCUCUGAUCAGCUCCAAUGACGGACUUCACCAAAGGCUAUGGUUAAUCCUGUGAUGGGAGGGAUGGCUGUGGUCAAAGUUAAAACUAGCUAAGAAUACUUGGUGCUCUGAUCAGCUCCUAUGACUGACUCCACCAAAGGCCAUUGUUAAUCCUGUGGCGGGAGGGAUGGUUGGGGUGGAAAGUAUACAUAGCUCCAAUGACUCUAAAAUGAAGAAUUUAUUAGGUAUUUAUUGCUAGCAUGGAUGAGCAAGUCUGGGGUAACUAGUUUUUUCCACUGCAGGAUGAGAUCUGAACAUUGCUUAGAGACUCAAAAUAUUUUAAAUAAAUUAAGGGGAAAAAAAGAAUGACAUUUUUAUUUCUAAGUCCCAAUGCAGUUGACAUUUGGAAUCCACAGUUAAGCAUGUACAAAUCUUUACCCAGCUGUGUCUUAGUACUUUGGGGAGUUUUCAGAUACCGAGAUACUUGUAAACCGACCACAGGACUUCAAUCAGAGCCAUGUUUUUGCUUAGUAAACAUAGGCCAUAGCCUAGGGGAAGGUGUUGUUAGGGGCACCAAGCCACUCACACUUUGGCCAACGAUGGUCAAAUUCCUUGUAUAACAAAAGGUUCCAAACUCAUGGUCUAUACACCAAGAACCAAACUGAAAGCAGAGGAGGUCCACAGUUUUCCAUACUCUUCCAGUUGUCAGUUUUAGGUGUACUGAUACAGACUGGUUAUUUGCACAUGGGGCACUUGCAGGAUUCUUAUGUUCUCUACUAUGGAUGGCUGACAAAUUAUGUCUGCUUUGUGUAGUGUCUGUACUUAGAUGCUCACCUCCAAAUAAAGAUGGCUUCAUAUCCAUACAUAUAAGACCCGUGGUAUACAGUAUUGGUUAGCUAUGGGCGUAAAACAUUAGAUAUCUAUAUAACACUGUUUCGCAACUUUUUGGUGUAAGUCAGUCUAUCUCAAGUACCCAUUGGCAUGUACACAUUAAUUGUCUGUGACCACUAAUUGAGUACUUCUGUUUUUAUCAACCUAAGCAACCUAUUUAAAUCUUAGAAAAAAAAAAUGUUUGUGAAACAUUCGGAUCGAUAUUAUAAAUUUACAGAGAUAUGUUAGCUUUCAGUGCUGGAGACUGGCGCCGAUAAUUUUCAGCACAGAGUACGAUGUCCUAUUUAAACAGCCUCCCUGAGCUAAGCUUACUUUUAACCCUAACACUAAUUCACCCCGUAACGCUAGCAUUGAUCUUAGAAACUGCAACCUUGCAAUCUAAACUAGUUCCUAACCUCAAACUUUACACUAACCCUCCAGGCAACACCAACACUUAUUCAUACCUUAGUCUUUUAUAUAACCUCAAUCCUAACGCUAAUCCGUAACCCCCAUGCUAACCUUUCCUGCAACCCUAAUAUUAAUUCACCCAGUAACUCUAACACUAAUCCUCAUGCUAAUUCUCCCUGUACCUCUACAAUUAUUCUUAGUAACCCCAAUCUACACUAACCCUCCCUGUGACACCACACUAAUCCUCACAUUACCCUUCCUAUACUCUCAACCCUAACACUUAUCGUUCCUGUAACCCUAGCCCACACAUCAAAGUUGCCCAUACAGUCAUCUUUUUUUUGUUCUUUCAACCAGCGGUUUACUCUCGCUGUGCUAUUAUGUUCUGGCAGCGGGGAGUCUUGAUCGAUCAGGAAAGACCCGACAGGCUGGUUAUACAGAAGUCUAUCAGUAGAUCGAAUUCUGUACAACCAGGGUGCCCAUUAAUGUAUCAAAAUUUAGCUGCUUCGGCAAAGACCGGCUGAGCUUUGAUCCAUCUAUAGCCAGCUUAACUCUCCCUGUUACUCGACUCUAACACUUAUCCUCACACUCGCCCUUCAUGUAACCCCAACGUUAAUGUUCACACCAACCCUCCCUGUAACAUUAACACUAAUCUUUACCCUACCCCUUUCUUUAACUCUAACAAUUACUGUAACCCGAACACUAAUCCUUACCCUACCCCUUCCUUUAAUUAUAACACUAACCUUUCCUGUAACCUUAACACCAAUCCUUACCCUACCCCUUUCUUUAACUAUACCAUUAACCCUCCCUGUAACCAUAAAACUAACCCUUACCCUACCCCUUUCUUUAACUAUACCAUUAACCCUCCCUGUAAACGUAAAACGAACCCUUACCCUACCCCUUUCUUUAACUAUACCGCUAACCUUCCCUGUAACCUUAACACUAACCCUACCCCUUUCUUUAACUAUACCAAUAACCCUCCCUGUAACCGUAAAACUAACCCUUACCCUACCCCUUCCUUUAACUAUACCGCUAACCUUCCCUGUAACCUUAACACUAACCCUUACCCUACCCCUUUCUUUAACUAUACCAUUAACCCUCCCUGUAACCGUAAAACUAACCCUUACCCUACCCCUUUCUUUAACUAUACCGCUAACCCUCCCUGUAACCUUAACACUAACCCUUACCCUAUCCCUUUCUUUAACUAUAACAUUAACAGUCUCUGUAACCAUAGUACUAAUCCUUACCCUACCCCUUUCUUUAACUAUACCAUUAACUCUCCCUGUAACCUUAACACUAAUCCUUACACUACCCCUUUCUUUAGUUAGAACAUUAACCCUCCCUGUAGCCUUAACACUAACCCUUACCCUACCCCUUUCUUUACCUAUAACACUAACCCUUACCCUAACCCUUUCUUUAAUUAGAACAUUAACCCUCCCUGUAACCUUAAUACUUAUCCUUACCCUAUUCCUUCCUUUACCUAUAACACUAACCCUCUCUGUAACCUUAAUACUAACCCUCACACUACCCCUUUUUUUUUAACUAUAACAUUAACCCUCUCUGUAACCUUAACACAAAUACUUACCCUACCCCUUCCUUUAACUAUAACUUUAACCCUUCGUGUAACUCUCCUUUGUUAACUCACUGAUUUACAUACUCACCAAUUAGGUAUGUACAGUAUGUAGUAUGUGCCAGCAUCCUUUGUAAGGAAGACUCACAUUUCUGCGCUGAAAGAUACCACUGCCAAAAUUUCCUAUUUCAACCAUGGGGUAUAAUACCACUGCUUUAAAGCCACUGCUUCAUAAGAGCCAAUAUAUCUGAAUGGUUGCUAUGAAGUCCGCUUAAAAUUAUCAACAAAAUGUCAGUUCCCACUGUAUUUUUGUGGGCGUAAAGGAAAUCCACCCUGUUGCUGUGAAGGGGGUUCCUAUCAAAAUUAAAUAUCAUCUUAAAACAAUGAUUUUUCUGAACCAAAUGUUUUUAGAUUGCAUGUUUUAAAUGUUUUUUCUUCUUUUUUGUGAACUUCACCUUUUGGAUUCUAUUCACACAUUAUUCUUCAGUUUACCUUAAAUGGGUUUUCCAGGGAAGUGCUAAUCUCCACUUAGACAGAGUGGGUCUGUUUAGUCAUUUACAGUUCUCAGCAGAUUAAAGUGUAUUUCUAGCAAAAAAAGUACAUCUUUAAAAUACAUGCACAUUUCAUCAUGUUUUGUCUCCUACAUGGCUUCUUGCAUGUAACUUCAUUCUGUAUGAACAAGGCAAAAUCAAAUAUUCCCAAACUGUAUUUUGUGCAAUUCAAUGUGAAUGUGGAAAUAGCAGCAUUAUGACCACUAGAUGGCACUGACGAUAAUAGGGAAUAGUUAUGCUCAUCAGCACCAUCAAGUGGCCAUAAUGUGGUAUUUUCGGAAUUGAAACAUUCAAUUUGCUGAGGAUGUAGCUGGAGAACGUUCAGUUUUGCUUCAUUUGUACAGAACAGUUACAUGCAGUUUUAAAAGACAAA